AUGGCGAAUCUCGUAGAGGCCAUGCAGAACAAAUUCAACGCAAUGAAUGCAGACGAAAUAGCUGCAGAAUGUAAAAUUAAGAGAGCCUCGCGAGCUGGUUAGGCCCUGUCCGCCAUAUCAUACUUUUUACUUAGGUGGCGUACGUUUAAUAUCGACUCACGUAAUUGCUAUGGACAACCAAAACAUUGUCACUGUUGGUGACAUCGAGCCCCUACGAUGGGUCUUCGACAACUUACAAGAACUGGAUUUGUCCUCAAACAAGAUUAAAUCGUGGUCAGAGGUAAUAAUCGUUAAUGACAGCACAUGCACACUUGACUUAAAUAUUUUCUCUUCAAACUACUUUUUUGAGUAAAUGCUCCCUUCUUUUUACUCCAUCAGUUACUGAAUUUCGCUCCUUUCAAACUUGAUGUUUUAUUCUUGUCUUUCGAAUUGUCUAAAACUCACAUGCAAUGUCGUCGCAUCACGUAAAUAAGAAUUAUUUUCGUCUGACUCGCAUCCUCAUCGCCGCUUUAAUCUUGUAUUGUUAGCCUCCUGAAAAUAUUACAAAACCAAUAGAUGCCUUUGAUCGGAAUGUGCACUAACUAUGUGCUGACAUACAAAGCUCAUUGCGAUUGUUACCUUUGAGGUUUGUAUAUUAAUUACUAUGAGACGGUACCGCUUCCGCAAUUUACCAUGAGUGUGAGCCGACUUUUCAGGUAUCCCCUAGAGUGGAGCGCUUUGAACUAGAAUUUGAUCUGUGAUAUACUCAAUUAAUUCAAUUGGUCAGUUUCCUUCGUCCGCAUAACCCGCAGGCUAGUAUAUCCUAGUGGACAAAACUGCAUCUUCCGACUACAGUUUUUCCGUAUUUUUAAACCUCACUACCAGUUUUCCCCUGAAAUAAUCCUUUCUACGACUUUACGUCUGAGGUUGUACAUGUUACGUCCUUACACUAAUUUUAAACUUAUAGUGGACCCUACUAGUCCUCAUCCACACUUCCUCGUCACUCCUGAUUCGCCAUUUUAUAUUCCUGAAAACCCGCUGCAUUCAUUUUUUAAUCCCCUUCUUACCAUUUUACAUGAUGCGCAGCGUGUUUAUUUAAUCUACUUGAAGUUCUCUCUAAGAAAUCCUGCUUUGUUUUUGGAAAGUAUUUUAAAUUAUUAAGGACUUUUACACAAAGGACUGCAUUUCCGUUGCUCCCUACGGCCUGUCAUUCAUUACCUCUGCGAGUUUGAAAUGUGUUGGUGGUGAUUGCUCCCAAAACUAUCCUCACCGCCUCUCAACAUCUUUACUGUCUUCAAAUUACGCUGCCAGAACAACCUGCCAUAUCUAGAUACAUUGUUCGGUCUUCCUUAAAGUGUCAGUGUUUUUUCUCUUUAUUCCGACAUAGCUUGAAAGCCGUGUGUAAGUGGAAGGAUUCUGCCAAACCCGUUCGUCCUAGCAUAAAGUCACCUCCAAGAGCUGUCAUUUCUCUUCAGGUAUUUACCGUGUUGGAGUCCUCGCCCCGGUUGCAAAUCCUGAACUUAAGCUACAACCCCCUACAUGCGGCUGCUUUGUUUUGCGAACCAGCGUACACAGUUUUGGAUAGCCAAUCCUAUGAUCAAGGCAGCUGUAGCAGUUCGCCAGCAACAGAUCCAAUCCUGUGCUACCAUCAAGACGUUAGCCUUCUAAAUGAGCUAUCAUUCAAUGAGGAAAACGCAGCAAGGGAGGCCGAGACCGCCCCCAUGGACGUUGGUGAGAUUGGUUUGGCUGACUUCCUCAUGAGCUCCUCUCCCAGCGAUCAGUUUAUUUCUCCCCAGCUGACUACGCUGGUUCUUAACUCCACCUACGUCCCUUGGCAGCGAAUUCUUACUCUGCUCUCCUAUUUGCCUGGGUAAGCCAGUGCGGGUCUUAUCGACCUCUUCAAGUACCCUUUUUCUGUUGUAAGUGAUUGCUUGGAGUUUUCUCAAGUCUGUCCUAAGCGAUACAAAAGACAGUAAGUUUCGUCGCCAACCGAAAGCAGACACCCGAUCGACUACCUUCUCUCACAUUUUUUGACUAAGUAGACGAAAGGCCUUAGUCUUGCCAUUGUCUUGUCUCUAACUUAUUCCAUUUCGGCAGUGUUUUGUUUCUGUCGUCCUACCACAAGUGUUCUCCGACCAGUAGGGCUUUUAUUUUUUUGAUUUCUGUGUACUUACUUCAGCACCCUAUAGCGUAUACAGUUCAUUACUAACAGCUGGUUCUUUGCAGAUUUUUAAUGCAGUAAAGUUCGCUGAGUUCCACCUAUUUCACGGUAUGAUUCGCUCAUGUAGAUGAGUAUCAGGUCGUCAUAUUUUUACAUUAAACUUAAAGAGUAGUUUCUUUUUCAUUAAUUGGUGAUCCGCAUGACCUUGUACAAAACUUCUCGCAAGUCCCCCUCCGCCCUAGAACCUGUUCGCGUUCCCCAUAGUGCAAAUAUUGGUGACGAUAGCCUUAGUGUUAGUACCUAGAUCCUAUCUCACUAGCUUGGCCAGAUUUCCGACAGGGGGUAGCCCAUGUAGCCGGUAAGAUAGGAGCCCAAGAGCUCAGUGCCCAUGAAUUUGCAACGCGGCUGGCGAUUGAACUGGCAAGUUCACGACAUUAAGGAAGUAUUCGGGCGUCGGACGGGGUUCACCCGCCACCACUGCCUCGUUGUCGAGAUAUAAAGACAUGCUUAUACUAUGGUAGGGUGCAAAACCGGCCAAGGAACGAGAACUAACCGAUGUCAUUAGCUGUUUUCCGACGACGAAUAAACAAAUGAGUAGUCUGACAAUAAUCCCUCUCUUCAUUUCUGUGGAGAUGCAUGAUCACUAAUUUAAUGGAUGAGCCAGCUUGAGGUCUCAUUCUAGCUGGUUUACCUCAGUGUUUUUGAAGCCGAUUUUGCCUAUUGUUUCCCUUGAAACGCCUUGCCACUGUGUGCGCAUUUUAAGGAAAAUCUCCUCACAUCUUCCAUGCUUGCCAGAAGCAAUUAGGUUUGCUAUUUUUGGAGCCUUUGAAGGCCUUUAACUCAUUUCACAUUUGCUUUUUAUUAUAAUUUUAGUUUUGUAGUUUUGUGUGCAAUAAUUUACCAUGCAAGAAUACGGUCACCUUUGACUUCCUUCACACUUCCUGCCACCAUUUUAUACGUACAGCCAAAAAUGAACGUUUAUAGCUUUCUUUGAUUUGUUUGUGACUGCCGCAAGGUUUCACUUCUGACCGAGUUGACUACGUUCUGAGAAAAAAGCUACAAGUUGCUCAUCAGUUUUUAUGCAAACUGGACAUUCAGCGGAAUCUGCUUUAUAUGCCUAAGAGUAUCUUCACCUCAUCAACUUCCGUUAAUUUUAUGCAUCUGGAUUUAGGAAACACAAGCUAUGGCAGCAAUUUGUCUACUCUUCUACUUGUAGUGUUCGGAAGUCCUCUUCGACCGUAAGCGUCUUUGGCUUCCUCUUAAUGCCGUAGAUUUUCCUUUUCCCAAAGUGACGCGUGUUGUAGACUGUCACCUCAGUAAAACGCUCUUCUUCACUUUUUCGUAAACUCUUCGCCGUUUGGACUCUUGUUUUAGAAAGUUAGCAAAAAAGCACCACUGCGGUAUUAGAAAUCACACCAUUCUAUUUAUUCCACCUCUCUUCUGAGAUGUUCUAGUGGCAUGGAUUAAGGCUUCUUAGCACCAGUAGGACCUUAUCGAUAGUGGAAAUUAAGUUUUUCUCCUGGCAAUCGGAGGUCAUUUCCAGUCAACCUGAAUUCCCUACUUUUGCCUACUAGCCGCUUUUUUGCCAGCAUUUUUCCUAUUAAAUUAUUUAUUUUUAAACUACGUGGCUCCACUCUGCCACAUCCCGACGUGCUACUGAUAUUAGUACCCAUAAUUUCAUUUUUGCUAGUUUGUUCUGAGGAAAGCCCAAUCAGGGUUCCGUGUUGGGAUUAGUCGAUCACAUUCAUUGGUUCUGCGCGCGUACCAAUCACGCAGUGAAUUCGCACCUAACUACAGACGUCCAUAAUCUCUCCUAGCGGCCGACAACGUUAAGAACGACACACAGGGCUCGGGAUACUUUUCCGGCUACGGAAACGCUGAACAGAGUCAUUAAGCAUCAUUCCAAAUACGCAUGUAUGCGUAUAUAGUAAGAAGAGUGUGGUGGUAUGCCUAAGUGCAGGCCUAGCCGUGCCAGUUGUCUGCGCCUUCUCCCACAUCCGGUCUUCUUGACUAUGUACUGACACCGGGUCCAGGUGGCGUAGGAGAGAGUGCGGUAGACGCAAUGCAAGUCCGCCCCCACUAUAGACUAAUUCGCAUGUAAGUCCUCAUGCCCGCCCUCAUCUUGCUGUGGAGCACCCUGUGAGCGUCGUCGACAACGACUGUUGAACUGUGGACUCCAGUAGUAAAACCGUUUGGAGCGUAUAAAAUCUAUGUAACAAAAAGUAAGUAGGUCAAGUCAUAAAGAGGAUGCUGCACCACUAAGGAUAAUGGAGUUAUAUAUACAAUUGGUCCACCUGGAGUGCCAGGUAGUCCCGAAAUGUCCGGUAAACUACCGAUGGGAAGUGGAGCGCUAGCGUUAACUGCAGGAGAGGGUUGUCGAGGUGUGCUGACAGUGGAGAGGAUACGAGCGACCAGCGAGAUUCGAAGCUGUCAGCGGUAGGUAGGGAGGGAUACAGGCCAUUUCUGCCUACACUCGUUUACGCUAUUCCCAUCCUGGGUCUCCGCUAAAGUGCCGUCGACUCCCUUAAGCAAAUCACAGGUGCGUCACACUCUGCCGUCGAUGACUGUUACCUGUUAUUUUGUCUUUGGCCUGUGAAUUCCCUGUAGUGGUGACAAUUCCCGGAAUUUACUCAAAAUAGCCCCCGAAAAUGCGAGAAUGAAUUGGACGAGUUAAUAACAAAGAGCCUAGCGAAAAAGAGUGUAGUUAGGCACAUCAACUUUGGUAAGUGUAAGCCAUGUUCUUUUGAGCGAACUUGUAACCCCUAUUCUGUUUUGCUGAUCAGGAAGAGCAACGAGCUGUGGUUUGGUUCUGAUGUCUUUCUUUGGUCAAAUUCUCAAGUAAACUGAUUUCAAUUAAACAGUAAAUAAGCACAAGGUGUUCCAAUGGCACACUUCGGUCACCUCUGUUCCUUUGUAGUGCCGAAACGCGUCUCUACGUGUUAAUAUCUUUGACACCCUGACGUAGUCCAAAUGCACUGUGAAGGACGCCUAGCUGUAGUGGAGGGAAAACUGCGCGGUCACCAUGGUUCAGCCUUUGCAAAACCGCCUUUGCUUCAAGUUUCUAGGCUGGGGAUUUACUUUGCCUGCUUAUGUCUCUUCCCGUCAUGGGUGAACUUACUCCAGGACAACUGCCGUAACUUGGGGCUGUGGACUCGAUCUAGGUAGUUUUGCAUUUCAACGCAUUUGGUUUCCUGGGCUACUUAAAUGGCGUCGACUAAUCCUUCAUGUUUAAUCCUACCGAACAAAGGCGGAAAAAAGAUGCGCCAGAGCUCUUCCUAGGCACCCUGCAUGCAGCCUGGGUUGCAGCCCUAUACAGCAUGGUGAUUCUUUUGUUUUCUUCAAGUAGCAUAUUCUGCCAAGACUUAAAGUCAAUCGCACCGAGGGACUGUCUUGCUCAUGUUUUGCGAUUUCCGUCGAGAACAGGUGACCGUUUUGAUGCUGGCUUUCGGGGGAAAACGUGUUUGCCAGUUAUUAUCCCGACUAUAAGGCCGGCGAAUUUGCAGACUACACGACGUCUGUAUGCUACUGAGGCCUCAGAACUGAGGCUCUACAGAGCUUAAUUAUGCAACCCCGCUGUACCGCUGCUCUCUCUCUCCCUCUCUCUCCCCCCCCUCUCUGUCUCCCCCUCUCCCUCACACUCGCUCUCUCUCUCCCGUUUCCGAACGCACUGCCAGCUUUACCUGUUCAACCGAGAGUCAUUGCCCGGUUUCUUAUCUGUCAACCGUCCAGAAUUCUUUCCUAGCGGCAAUGGCAGCAUUUGAAUCGCCUGCUUUGCACCGCUGUGCACUGUCCGAGUUUUUUUCCCACCCUACGGCGCGCCCUUGCAGCGACCUUAAAACAGCUGUUUUGCGCGCGCGCGCACACGGUGUCUGCCGAGGGCAGGCUACAGCAGCCGCCACCGCCGCCAUCAGUCACGUGGUGUGUGCCGGGCGUCGCCUGCGUUUUUUUUUCUCGCGCCCUUGAGACGUAAGACGCUCGCAGAGCCACGCACACACACCCCGGCUGGGGGGGUUGGUCGCGCGCCGUGGGGGCCUGUUCUGUCUUUGCCGUCGUUUAGACAUACAGACCUGCAACUUCGCUUUGCAUGCCUCCGCUCUGACCCACAGUCCUGAUAACUCGUUUCAUCGCUCGCCCCCUGCGGAGGGGCUUAACAGUUUGAAGGUCUGUUCUCGAUGUAAUCCUUAAUGCGCUAUUUUAGAUCGAGUGGACACCGCCGCAGUGGUUUUCUAACGGGUCACGGGCUCUUUGUCCUGCCAAUUGCGAUCGGACAUAUACAGUGGUAGAGGGACGCUCACUGAUCGUCAUCGGACAACUAGGCUCUUUGUCCUGUCAAUUGCGAUCGGACAUAUACAGUGGUAGAGGGACGCUCACUGAUCGCCGUCGGACAACUAGGCAACAGGUCGCGAAGUCGAGCCGUAGGAGUUGCAAAACCUGGGGUUUAUUUGGCUGGUUGAUGACGCCAAAUGAGCCAGAAAUGGCCAUUCCAGCCCCCCCUCGUCUGGUUGGGCUCGAGAGAGAGCCCCAAGGCACAACGCGGGACGAGUGAGUUCCGUGACACGAUCGGUGAGCGUCCCUCUACCAUUGUAUAUUCCCGAUCGCAAGCGACAGGACAACGCCCCCGUGGCUCAGCGGUUAGAUGUGUUUGGCUUCUAACCAACAGGUCGCGGGAUCGAUCCCCAGGCGUUCCACGCUUCGGGGUUAGGUAUAAUUGGCCGACGACUGCCAAUGUGCCAGAAAUGGCCGUUCCAGUGUCCAUUGUCUUUGUCGGUAAUGCCAUUCUCCCCAUAUAUAUAUAUAUAUGCAUGUAUAUCAAACGGAGAAGAGGCGUUCACUGGGAGAGGCUUAUUACUGUCUGACGUCUUCAGACCUUAAUCCGCCUACCUGUCUUUGGAGACCCGAGCGUCUUGCGCACAGCCCACAUUAUGUGGCGCACUUUUCUUGAUGCGUAGGCCACUAAUGCCGACUGUUAAGCUGCAUCUGACCUCCCGUUUCAUCGUUAGCUGUGUUUCCUCCGUCCUUGUUCACUGCGACGAUGAUUGGUAGUCGCGACUGUUGCACGCCGUCGUUGUCUCCUGUCAAGAAAGAUCGUAAAACCAGAUGGGGGGGCUGAAAUUGAUGCGGCGGUUGACUGAGUGGCCAGUGGAGUUCAGUCAGGCCUGCGAGUAACUCCAAUUACGAGAGACGCGAAGGACCUAGCAACUGUCUCGACGACUCCGUUUGUGUACGGAAUGUCCCUCCCCCCCAUGAUUUCGGCUGACCACACUCUUCGUUCCGCUCCUUUUUUGGUAGUCGACUCCUCAAAGAAUGCUCGCGGAUAACCGCAUACUGUGAAGAACUCUCGAAGAAGAUUCAACUUGUCCUGUUUGGCGGCCAGCGUGCGUACGCAGCCUCAUUUGUGUUGCAGCUAGUUGUUAUUUAGACUUAGCACUUGCAGCGUGUUCAUGGCUUUUCUGUAGGCUGUCUCAUCAACUUGCCUUCUGAUUGGCGGCAGACGAUAUCAUCCAGUAACAGGAGUCUGUCCUCCACCUCCUCUUCCAUUGUGAACUGUAUAUCAGGAAUGAUGGAGUUCAGUCGUCCUUUGUAGUAAUUAGUCCUGUCCUGGUCGAUGAUGACGAAGGUGUCGCCAACAUAGAGUGCUAAAACCCCGGUCUGUACCCCUCGAACAGUCGCCCCACCAGUUUUUGCAGAACCGUCUCGGCAGUGAGCCCAGAGAUUUGCGAACCCAUUGGGAUGCCCUUAAUUUGCCCAUGUGUGAUUUCUUCGUAGGCAAAGGAUGUCUUCAGGCAGUGCUCCACGAGCUCUUUGGGGCCCUGAGCUGUGGGCUAAUCAUCGCUCUCAUCGUAUGUUUGACUACUGUUUCAGCCACGAGGACCUGUGGUAUGGACGUGAACAGUGGAUGGACAUCGAAUGACACCAUCCUCUCAUUCAGUCCGGUUAUGACUGCCUUUGUUUUGUCAAGCAACUGUUCUGCUGAGUGCUGCGUUGUUUGUGAGCCCGUGGUUAGGAACCGCAGUUUCUGAAAUAACCAGUUUGCAAACACGUAUGUAACUGUUUCUCGAAGCGAGAUGAUUGGCCGGAGGAGAGCCUCGGGUCCACGUACUGUUGGGAGGCCGUAGAGUCGAGCCAUAGCUGCUUCUGUUGGUUUCGCCAUACACCAGUCAUUGGUGGUGGUGAACUUAUCCGUCUUCAUUCGUGCCAGUGUCCUGUUUGGCUUCGCCAGUAGUGACUUAGGACUGGCUGCGUCGCUGAUUUUGUAGGACGCGUAAGGACUUUGUUUCGAUAAUCCACCUUGUCGAGGACAACGGUUGACCGGUCUUUAUCGGCAGGUAGAAUGACUAUCUCGGAUGUCCACCGGCCGCUCAGCCAACCGCUACAUCAAUUCGCCGUCCCCUAUUCGGUUUCACAAUCUUUCUUGACAGGAGACAACGACGGCGAGCAACAGUCUCGACCGUCAAUCAUUGCCGUCGUUUACGAGGGUGGGGAGACAGUUAACGGUGAAACGGGGGUCAAAUGCAGUCCAACAGUUGGCAUUGUCGACCUACGCAUCAGGAAAAAAUGCAUCAUAUAGUGAGAGAUGUGCGCAAGACUCUACAGUCUCUGAAGACGGGUAGAUGGAAUAACUAAUGGAAACGUCGGACCUACAAUAAAAAUCUCCUGGUGAACGUCUCCUUUCCUUUUUAAAUGUCGCCUAGGGCCCGCAUUUUCACCAUUGUAUAUAUGCAUAUAUAUUAAAGGUAUUAUACCGUACUUCCGACAUAGAUACUUGCUAAAAGCCCAGACACGUGUUUCGCCGAUAUUCUGCCGCUGCGUGACACAGCUGCGAGGGGUUUGGCUCUUCAGUGGGACCCCCAGCAUUCUCUAGCGGUUUCUAAUAAUAUUAAUUCCAGAGAAUAAUCAAGUGAAUAAUUUCAGAAAUUACUCAGUGCAGGACUUGGAGUUAGAUCUCCGGGACAUGACUUUUUAGGGUCAGAACCGAAAUUUCAAUGAACAUUCAAGUCGAAGACAAUCAACUACUGUGGAAUAACCACGUAAUGCCCAUUCUACAAACAAGUAAUACUACGAGUAGUAUCAAAUUCAUAUGGUAACAUGUGUGUGGGCUUUUAGCAAGUAUCUAUGUCGGCAGGACGGUAUAAUACCUUUACCAUAUGGAUUUCAUACCACUCGUAGUACUGACUGUUUCUCGUGAGGAAUUUGCGCUGCGCGUCGACCUCUCGUCCUCCUGCCGUGCACCAGUUGAUUUUCCAAGGCAGUAACCAACCGAUGCUGAGAUUGAGCGCAGUUACUAACAGAACUAAAAACAGCCCGUCUGCAUAUGCGACACACACGAUCUGCCCGCCUCCACAACACCCCAGCAUUUAACACGCUGGAUAACGGGUACGGAUCUCACAUGUGUUAGAUUAGCAGAUGGGCAACGUGGAGGAGCAGAAGGGCACGAUUCCUGCUUCUGUGAGAGGAGCCGAUUCUUUGCUUGUGGUGGGUGAUGAGGAACGUGUUCGUAUAUGAUGUAUGUGCUGGUGAGGGGACACAUGAUGGGAUUGGGCCGCUAAUGCCAUCCUUUUGUUUCCAUUGGACAUUUUCGGUUAUCCAACCACCCACGUCCUUCUUGGCCUUUUCGAGUCUGAUUUCAGAAUAUAUUCCCAGUCGCUAUGCGACUGGACGAGUAAGCCCCGUAACCCGAUCACUGGACGCAUUUCCAGCGUAGUUAAUAUUCCCGAUCAUGACCGACAGGACAAAGGGCCCGUGGCUCAGUUGUUAGAGCGUUGGCCUUACUAACGCUUGAUAACCAAAAGAAACCGCAUUCGAGCGCCAUGGGCCCCAAACCUGGGGCUGAGUAAGGCUGAGUGACGACGCCUAACAGUUGGAAGUGAUCACAGAAAUCUCCCUUGCCUUUGUUGAGCCCUCUUUUAGCUAUGCGACUGCCUGCGAGCGCUCUGCAUUGAGCUGCAAGGCCCAAUAGGACGAAUAAGUCCCGUAACCCUAUCGACAAACGCACUUCGAGGACAUAUAUAUAUAUAUGUAUACAGAAUGGUAUUACCGACAAAGACAAAGGAGACCAGAAUGACCAUUUCUGGCUUAUUAACCAUCUUCAUCCUGUCAUACUGUACCCUGGUGCUCGAUCUCGCUACCUAUUUGUUAGAAGUCCAACACCUCUAACUACUGAGUCACGGGCUCGUUGUCCUGCCGGUUGCGAUCGGGAAUAUACACUGACAGAGGGGCGCUCAUCUGUCGUUUUUACGGAACUCGCUCGUCAGUCAGUGACCGAUGUCACGAAAUGUUGACCGAAAUCCUAGAAUGCUUUUUGAUUAUUCCGUAUUACUUAAGUGGGGUGGUAAUAUUAAUUAUCGUGUGGAAUAAUCCCGUGCUAUUCUAGACACGCCAGGAUGUUGGCUUUUGAAUGCACUUCUUCAUGGCCGCCCGCAAAAACUUCACUUGAUAAAAAAAUAUUAUUUAAGUAGCAUACAUCUUCUCUGUCGAUCUUGGGUGUCCCUAUAAAUUCGAAAAUGUUUCUCAGAAAGCAUGCUCAAAAAUAUUCAUUCUUGUACUCAGUUGGUGGCAAAUCACUCCUUCUUCGAGUCACGUACUGAAAGAGAGUAUCUUUAGGUUUAAAAAAGCUUUCAAUUCCCGAAUAAUCUUGAACUCGAUCUGCCAUUGCAUUUUCGUUUAGGGUUUUCGGUCUGCAGACCAUAUACUUGUGGGGAAAAAUAUACAUGCCUUGAUGCCAUUUAAAAAAAUACCAUAUAAGGCUCAUAGGAUGCUGCAGUGCGUACGGACUAUGUUGUAUACUUGACUAGGAGUAUUGCUAAACGGACAGACACGAUGCUAUGCAAAUUGACAUUGCACGGUUUUAAAAAAUUCAAUUAUAAACUUCAUUAAAAGCGAAACAUACCUUAUAUCCGAGUAUAAAUUUUAAAGAAGACGUGAUUUUCUACCGAAUGAGUACACUUAAGUAUUCCUUCCAAAUCUAAAGCGCACUUUAAAAUCUCGGGUAGCUUUUCAUGAGAGCGGUCAUUGACUGUAUGUAUCCAUGCGUCUAAAAUUUAGCACCACAUUUUAUUUCCUGGAGCUCUUAAUCUUUCCGCCUAUUUUUGCAAAGAUUCGCCUGAAUAACAGCUUCAAUCCAUGCUGUACAAUCCGCCAUCUCAAGAGCAACUACCGUUCAUUAUGUCAUUUUCUCCUCUUUGGAUGUGUCAACAUCUCGGCUGUCAAAUUUGUGGAGCCGGCUCAUACUCUUGUUCAGUGCCAUCCAAUUUUACCUCGAGACAAAUUCCGAUCGCUGACAGUUUGUCUUCGAACUAGACUUCAUCCUCGGCGGAUGAAUUAUCUCCUUUCGUGGAGUUAGUAACCCACUUAGUCAUAAGUAAGAUCUGUGACCGACAAAUAUGAGAGUUCGUAGUUUUAUCAACCGGAAUAUUCCUAAUGGCGGACUGUGCGAAAUAGGACACGUUUUAUGGCUAUUCAAGGUCAAAAUUUUCUACCUGUUAAAAGAUCAAAUUGUUCUUUUGAUUAGGCAGGUUCUUCUUCGCAUAAGUCACGUGUACUCCCGACUUUUUUUAGUCACGUACAUACCUGAAACAGUCCCUUUUUAUGAACAGAUCAGUCGACCUAGAUUCGUGAAGGGUAGAUGUUUUCUCCUCCUCAAGGUCAUGCACAGCUGACAGUUGCAACUGCUACGACCUUGAGGGCGUCCAAUGUGCUAACUGUUGCUUCUUGCUUUGCACUUCAGCGGCAAAAUGGGCUCUUGAAUCGCUGCAAGGUGUUUUGGGGCUGUUUGAAGGGUGGUGCAAUUCGCGGAAGUCAAUGGAGCAACUGCCGUUAUGGGAUUUUAGUUAUUCAUCCUAGCUUAAAGCCAAUAAUAAAUAGUCUACAAUCGUAACACAACUGCUUCGAAAUACUAGAUAUGAAAGUUUACUGAAAGACAGUGUCCCUUUCUACUUUCUGCUGCAUAUAGGUCGUCAAGACCAGCAGCUCUGAAGGUUUCUUUUCGAGUUGUUAGCCUUUUACCCAGGCGAAUCUAGCAAAACAAGUAGUUGACCCUCUUUGUGCACUUCUCCCCAGUUCAAGGUCAGUAGAGCCAAUUAAUUCGCUGGGCAGCAGCCACCUUUUACAGGGCAAACGAACCGAGCGUGUACUUUCCGCGAGUCGCAAGUAAACAACCACAAAAACAUCGCCGUCACUGUCGCUUCCUCUCUCCACAAAAAAAUACGUCAUGUGUGGCUGAGCCCUCGGAGGAUCUUGGUUUUUGUGAAUUUUAUGACUGAGUUUUCCGUCAAGCUCUUGACGUAACACACAUGGAACAAACUACCCAGCGAGUCCACACGUGGUAAACAGUUACGACAGCCUUCAACGAGGGCUGGUUGGGAAAUGUACAGACUCGCGGGCCCCUUGUCCUAUAGGCUGAGAUUGGAAAGUGAGUUGACCAAUCAGAUUACGGAUCUGCUCGUCGCGUUGGGACUUGAGGCCCAUCGCAUAAAGACCAGGAAUAUAUACAUAGAACAGAGUUUCGACGAAGACAAGAGAGACUGGAUUGGCCAUUACUGAUUUAUUAGCCGUCGUCAACCUGAGGGGUGGACAAAUGUAUGAUCACUAAACAGCCCCAUGUUGCCAUUGCUCGCUGGGCAGCGGCCCAACCAUCUCAUUGGACCCGGGGGGACUGCAAUCCCUGUUGGACCUUUUUAGAGUUAGUAGUCCAGAGAGGGAUAAUUUUCUGCUCCACAAUAGCGGCACAGUCAGGAAGUGGACACUUCUGUCUAAACAGUUACGGACAUAUGUCCUGUUUUUGCGUGGCAUCCGGCUGGGCUUGGCUUGCCGACUACUUAAAUCUCACAAUGGAAUGGGUAAUCUGUGCAUUUCAGAUGAAUUCUUAUGAACUUGAGUAAUACAGCACCGGGCAUUAAGAGUUGGUUGGUUCAGUUGUUUACUUUUUCUGGCAGCAAAAAUGAUUGUCCGCCCCCUCCUUCCCCUCCUAUUGUUGCUAACCGCCGGGCUAACAUGCAGUCUACAGUAAAAUUUUGCCACCCUAUUGAACACAUCCACCUCUCUUCCCCUUGUCCUCACUGAUGGAUUUCCGCCUCAAAAAGACCUCUCGGCUUCACCUCGUCAGUCUAAAAUGCAACCAGGAGUUUCGAUUAGCCAGCACGUAGUCAUUCCGCGGGGCUGACUUGCCGAAUACUUACAGUGGGUGUCUUAACUCAUGAGAUGUUAACCGAAAUUCUGAAAUGCAUUUUUGUUUCGAAAUGAUUACAUAACUAGGAUUUUAGUAUUAAUCACUGUGCAACAUAAUUCUAUAAUAAUUCCGUUACGUCGAAAUGCCGGCUUUCGAAGGAACUUCUCUCGAGCUACGUGCAAAGACCACGCUCUGUGAAAAAUGGCUACUUAAGUAGCAUAGAUUUUUAUCGUUGAUUUUCGAUACCCUUAAAAAUUUAAUUAUAUUUCAUGGAAAGCAUGCAUAAAAAUAUUCGUUCUUUUACUCCCUCAGUAGAAAAUGACGUCUUGUUCCAAUUUUAUGCUCGAAGGAAGGGUACAAUUCGAUUUUAAAAAGGUCUUCUAAUUCCCGAGUAAUUUUGAACCCGACCCACCGUUACAACUGUAUUCAGGGUUUUCAAACUGCAGGUCGUAUAUUUUCCGCGUACGGAAAACCAUACAUUUCUCUACGGUAUUAGAAGUAGACCUUAUGGGAUUCAUAAAAUUAAGCAGUACAUUUGAGCCAUUUUGUUAAUUUUACAACCCACAUUGGUAAAUGCAGAGACAUGGCGUUUUACGAAUUCCCAUUUCACAGUAUAAAAAAAUCUCUAAUUGGAAACCUUUUUUCAACCCAAAUUAUACCCUUCCUUUGAGUAUUAAAUUGGAAGAAGACGUAAUUGUCUACUGAUUGAGUAAAAUAACGGAUGUUUUUGUGCAUGUUUUCCAUGAAAUAUAGUUGAAUUUUUAGGGGCAUCGAAAGCCAACGAGAAAAAAUCAUGCUACUUAAGUAGCCAUUGUUUAAAGAGUGCGGUUUUUGCAUGCGGCUGGAAAGAAGUUCGUUCUAAAGCCGGCAUUUCGAGGUAACUGAUGCGUUAUAGAAUUGAGUUGCACGAUGAUUAAUAUUAGAAUCUCACUUCAGUAGUCUUCGAAACGAAAACGCAUUUCAGAAUUUCGGUUAAUGUUUCAUGAGUUAACACACCUACUGUAAACCUGACAAUGAAAUGAAUACUCUGUACAUUUACGAUGGAUUCUUAUGAACUUGGUAAUGCAGCACCGGGAGUUAGGGGUUAGUUUGUUCAGUUGUUUACCUUUUUUAGCUAACAAUAAAAGCAACUCACAACACCUCAGUAAAAGCUAGCUUGCCUCACGCGUGCGUGCGUGUGUGUGUGUCUGACUGCCCUUUUCAUCCUUAAAGGAUAAACCUGACAGCAAAAGGAAUUGUCCGCCCGCUCCUUCCUCUCCUAUUAUUGCUAAUUGCCGGGUCAACAGGCGGCCUUCAGUAGAAUUUUGCCACCCUAUUGACCACAUCUACCUCUCUUCCCCUUGUCCUCACUGAUGGACUUCGGCCUCAAAAGGACCUCUCGGUUUCACCUCGUCAGUCUAAAAUGCAACCAGGAGUUUCGAUUGGCCAGCACGUAGUUGUUCCGCGAUUAACUCACUGCAAUUUAAGCAACACUCUGGUUACCAGCCCAUUUAAAUUUAACCUUCAUGCUAACAGCUAAAAAUUGUUCAUACUUCCUUGAACGAAGGGGGCUUAUUAAAAGACACCGCAAAUGAUGCCCGUAUACCAUGUCAUUUGUAUGAGGACUAGAUGAUGUUUUAGAUGUCGAAAGAGAGCGAGAGUCUCUUUUUUGACCGAUCAAUGCUCCAAAGCAAACGCAGCAAGAAUGUCCUAUUCUCUGUCUAGGCUGGUGAAACACUAUUGAUUUUUCUGGGAUUCUCGCACGUUGUUCAGUUCCCGUCUGAAGAAAUCUGCACCACGAUGAACUCACAGCAUGAAAACCCAGACAGAUCAACAGUAGACAUAACCUGUCUACUGUUGAAUCAUCGGUAUAUGUGGAAACCUGUCUGGUCCCAGAGUUGAGCUCUUCUCUCAAGACAAACUAUCAUAUAAAUCCUCCUGAAAAUGAGAUUCUACGGGAACCACAAAUGUCUAAGGUACAUUCUCGGGGGGAGUGCAAGUAAAAGACAGCGAUAGCAAGCCCGUGACAUUCCCGUUGGCAUUUUUCGAGUUACAUUUACUGGCUGUUCUCCGGGGUUACAACUCCUCGUGGGUAGGGUGCACUAUAUUUAGUUGUCUCACCUAUACAGAAGUUGGGUGACGUCAAAUGAAUGACCUUUUGUUCGUCGCCCCUGCGUCUGCUUUGUUACAUUCGUAUUCCCCUGCUUCGAAUGGGUGCGUUGUCGCUCUAUCGACCUGUCCAAACGAGGUCUGCUUCAUUUUCGGAGGGGAAACCGCUGCGUGUGUGUAGCGCGCGUAGAGUGGGAGUAAGACUUCUGGCAAACUACUGCGUCCUGGUUGAUUUCCAGCUAUUUUUUGUUUUUUUUUUCUUGCAACUGGGGCGACAUUGGUUUUGGGAGGGGACGUAAGUUCAAUGCUGCCCGGGCUUCCUGCACUGUAAUUCAACUCACCCUGAAGUUUUCUCAUCUGGUCGCCUUUGUCGAGCACGAUCCCUGAAUUAUCGCGUCUUCAGGGAAAAAAACUCAACGGAUGAGCCGUUAGUGCUUUUUACGACUGUGUUCCUGUCAAAUCUAACCACUCUCAGUCGUGUCGCAAAUAUUGCUUCACAAAUGACGAUCAGCAAGCACUCACCUGGAGAGUUUCGCUCGCUCUCCUCUCCAGUCGAGAAGACCGGGCGCCGUAAGCUUAAGGAGGAGGUUUGACGUUAAGCUGCAGUUAAACGGCAGAGUUCAAUAUAAUGCAGCACUGAACGCCUAUGGAGAACGACUUAGAACGUGUUUAACUUAAUAUGUCCCGGCGAAUUUGUCGCAUCGAGUUCGAAUUGCCUCGAUUUUUGAACGAUUCCUGAUUACUCUGCUCGAAGGAUGGUUCUCAGGCAAAUUUGGUCCAAAUCCUCCAAUUUCUGUUCAUCUGCAUGCAUCAUUAGGAUUCAGUUGUAAAGGCGGAGUUGCGGACGGAUCGCGAAUCUCUGUGGCAACUGAAGUAUUACGAGUGAUUCAUAUGGGCCGAGAGCUUUGAAAAACUCUGCGAGCAGUGUCGGUUUGGUUGAGGAUGUCGUUCUUAUUCUUUCUGUUUCGCAACAACUUUACCGCAACAUGUUUUAAAUUGUCUAACCGAUGACAAUCGAGAGAUGGCACCCAAAAAAAUCCGCCUAACCAUAGCAGCCUAUCUUACGGGACAGGUGGUAAUAGGGGUUUUAUGGAUGGUGGCUGGUCGGGAUGUAUGAUACUAGCCGACGGAAAGGCUUAUUUGAACAGGUGAAUGAUCGAAGUUUGCCCGCUCUCCGUUCCGUUAUUACAAAAUGGGUCGCCAAAGACAUUAUAGUGGUAACGGAUGGAAGGCGUAUAAUCCUCUUCCCUCAGAAGGUUAUCUACAUUUCUCAGUUAACCACUCAAAGAACUUCAAGGACCCUACCACCGGACGGCACACCAAUGCCAUUGAGGCAUACUGGAGUAGACUGAAAAGGAAACUCCACGAGAGAGGCCCUGUAUGUGGUCGAGCUGUGUGAGCUCACAUAGACGAAGUACAGUAUCGUCUUUGGUUUGGCCUCAAUGCCAUAUCUUUGACAGAUGCCUGGGAACUGUUCCUGUCCCAUGUUGUGCAGACGUAUCCUAUUGAAAAGUGAUUUUGUUGUGUAAUAAACUGCCAUAAUGCGAACGUAUGCCCUAUAUUUAGGUGUACGUGUGUAACGAUGGGGACGGUUGGAUAACAGCGACCAUCGUCCAUGUAACCUCCUGCAAUCUUCGUUCGGCCAGCCCAUGUUAGGCAGUCGGGGAAAGUCCAAGUAGUGCGUGAAAGUAGGCCUGCAGCCGCUAAUAUAGCCUGAAGGCGUUUGAGUCCACUGUUAAAGGUAUUAUUUCUAGGUAACGGAUUUUUGGGUGCCAUCCCCCGAUUUUUACCGUCUAAUCUUAACAACCUGACAGCCAUCAAUCGCGGGGACCAUAGGCGACUUCGAGGAGGCCACUCAUUGUGUUUAUUCAAUCUCGUAGGAUCGACAACCAGCUCGAAACCCCAAUUUUUGGGCCUCAUGGUGUCCCCUGCCUUGCUGCAACUGACGGCGAAAGUCACAAUCGAGUGCAGUUGAGUCAGGACCAGAGUUGACUCCUGGCACAACAGCCUGUCGUCUACGCGGUUAUGAAUAUGUCAGACCUCAUCUGUCGCUAAGUCUACUUCUGGAACCUGUGACGGACAAUUGGAGCUCGUUCUCUUUCCAAACUACGGUUCUCCCGCCGCUAAAUUGCUUUUUACGCCCAGGCACAGCGGCCAGAAGACAUCCCGGGGUUUCGGUUGGCGUCUAAAGUCUUGGUUGCGUCGCCCCCCUUUCCUGUCCCGUUGGGUAUCGCUCGCCCCGCGACCAAGCGGCAUGUUCUCGAGGACAAAAAAUAUCAGCCUCGCUCGACCGCUGCGAGGUGUGCUUGCGCCAUGCUCAUUACUCAAGCAUGUGUCCUCGGACAGGUCUUUCUACUUUGGUCUGUUUUACAUUAGUUACAUAGAAUCGAUUUCAAAUACCCGCAACUUCUGCGAAAAUACUAGAGUAUGAGAGUCUGGUCUCCGGAUAAGUGGGUUUAUUUGCCCGGCGUCCGGACCCCCUGAGCGAGUUCAUUGUCGGGUGUGCCGACACGCCUAGGGGCGGCUACCUGCACCCUCCUCCACCUCCGGCCUUCUGUACUCUGGCUUGACACCAGGCUGAGGAUAAGGGGGUGCGGCAGAUGCUGCGCAAGUCUGCGCUCACUAUAGACUGAAUCACGGACAAGUCGCCGUACCUGCUCCCACCUAGCUGUGGCGCACACGGUGGACAUCGUCGGCAACGACGGUCGAACUGUCGUAUAAUGCCAAUUUGCGAACGGUAGGUUUGCGCGGCUAUUAAAUGGGUUAGUGUCUGAAUGGCAUGUCUGGUGCGGCUCAUAGACCUUGCUUGCAGUAGCCCAUGGCCGUAAACCUAACUUCUCGCAGUCCGGACUUUUGUUCUUUUAAAUCACUUCUUGUAAUAUCAGCAGGCUUUUCCGUCCCUUGCAGUCAUGAGCGUUUGCGUAAGUGAAAUAAUGCCUCGGUUUUUCUGCUUGUGUCCCAGCGAAUGAAAUCCCUGAGCAUCCUGUCUAGGCCUGCAUCCUGUCUAGGUCUGCAUCCUGUCUGGUCUGCGAAGUCACGAACCUGUCUUAGACGUCACGGGAUGUGGCAAUUGUGCACAUUAUGCAUGCAGUUAUUUAUGAUUGGUCCACUCAUUUUUCCGCCACCAGAGGUCGUAACAGUUUGCAUUGACGUAUCUCUGUCGGGCUUUCAGCCUAAGGCCGUAGAGAACUCAGGAGGGGACGAAGUACACGACCGACUUUUGCGUUGCUUUGUCCGUGCGGACUUCAGACUGACCUCAGUAGUCGUUUCAUGUUGCCGAUAUUGGGAACUAACUUCCCGAUCGUUCAAACAGAAACUAUCCUGCCUGGCGAGCCUAGACCGUAUUCAGUUCACGGAGUUCUAAUGUUUUUUUUCAAUUUUCUGGACGCCCAAGUGCGGAUCUAAUUUCCAACUUCAUUCCAAGUCCAAACUUCGAUGCGAGCUCUUAUUCAUAACAAUUACACAUGUCGCGAAAUAACCGCGUUUUGACAGAUGGAAGACGAAUGGGUAAAUGAUCCUUUUCGGCAGCUUGUUCUCGAGCCAAUCCGAUUGCACGCGUGAUCCAUCAGUUUAAGCCGUUCACACCCUGACUGGUAACUUAAUCCGCUCGUGGAUAACAGCUUUUUGGUAUCCUUGGGCGUGCCGAUGGGAGUUGUCAUCGCUGUUUGGAGGCUGUCAACCGGGAAUGGUCUACAGCGUGCGUAGCAAUACGCAUAGUAAAUCAUCCCUGCCCCAACUUCACCCAUAACUCCCACCAGAUCACAAGCUGGCUCUAUUAUAAAUGUACCACUCACAGUGAUGAUCUGGAGGACCCGUUCCGCACCUCCCUCCGGUAUUUACAAGAAUGAAGUGCGAGAGAGAAACAGGUGUACCAAUUCUUUGUUGCAUACUGAGGAUCGGGAGAUCGAAGAGUUGAACAGCCCCUUGCUGCGUCGCAUGGCAUUCUCUGAUCCUGGCAACUACACGGCAUCACCUAGCCUUUAACCCCUCUUCAGGCUUUCACCUUUUCGUUUGCCUGAGAACCUGACUUUUGCCUUUGCCCAGUCACCGUCAUGUUAACUUUGAUCCUUUUGGUUAUCUUUAGUCUCCACACGCUGCAUGCUGCCUUGAACGAUUUUGAUCGUUGCUGCUGCGAGGAGGACUCCAUUUCCAACGGUCCCAGCACCUUCCCCCAGCUGACACACCUCUUCUUCAGUGAUAAUCGUCUCGCCAACUGGUCAGCAGUCUGCUGCCUUGGCAGACACUUCCCGGCUCUGCAGUAUCUGGUGCUGCUGGGCAACCCGCUCACCUCCGUCACAAAACCCGACCCCAGUGACGCGAGCACAGCCAAAUGUUUCUACAAUGUGACAAGUCUCAAUCUCACUGAGACGGAAAUCGACUCCUGGGACUCCGUGGAUGCUCUCAACUACUGUAUGCCAGCUCUGCUCUCGCUCAAACUAGGCAACGCUCUCCCCCUCUUUAAGGUGAGUCUUGUCGAUUUUGCCAACGCUUUCCCCCUCUGUGGAUGUAAAUCACCUGCCCUUGGUGGAGGUGUUGGGUCGACCGUCACGGACAAUGAUGUUUACCGUGUGCCCCGCGGAUUGGACGCCGCACUGGUGAGUUGCACGCGGAUCGGCCUCUGGUGAUAGCGGACUUGCGCAGCAACUUCUGCACUCUCUCCCCCUCACCAUCCUGGGCUCGGUGGUAAAACUGAGUCGCGACGACGGGAGGUGGGACCGGACGCAGGAGUUCACAAAGUCUCUCCUGCUGAUACUGACGAUGUCACAGCCAAGGGGGCCCGUGGCAGACCUGAGACGAAGACUUUCCACCGCGUUCGACGAUCCCACAUCCGGUCGACCCGACUCAGACUUGACACUGGCACAUGAUGAUAAAGAGACGGGUGGAGACGACUAGCCGAAACACUGUGACGUGCUCAGAGUGAUGGAUAUGAGCCACCGUCAACUAACGGAACCGAUCAGUAAUCCUUCUGAUCGAGAAUCAGGGUUCAAUGGCUCCCUCCUAAUAUGGUCUCUGUGGCAAUUGUUGUCUAUGCAGGGUGCAAUCUGCCAAAGCGUUUUUUGUACGGAGCGAAGGAACGGCAUGCAUGCCGCAUACGUGGGCAACAGCCCAACGCCAGAGCAAUCAUUGUUCCCACACUUGCCCCCAAAGCACAUUGAGGGUAAAAUAUGGUCUGGUAGCCCCACCUGAUGGACACAAUGCUGUUGGGGUUGGGGUUAAUGGUUACGGUUAGGGGUUAACGCAACUAUUUCGCAAUCAUUCAAAGUACAAACGCGCCUUCCCAAUAGCCCUUCUUUUGCAUACAACUACUUGACCUCGUCGCCUGUGCGUUCUCCGGUCCCAUCUACCAAAACCCCUAGUACUAACGGUCCCGUAUUAUAGGUGACCGGGGUUUGUUUACAUCAGGUGGGGCUACAUAAUCACAUCCGCCCACGUUGAGUUGUCAAGAGCGAGUGAGCUACACGCCUCGGAAAUCCCCCUCCCGGGGUGGACAAUCCUACAUCUUUCAGCGUCAUUUGCUACUGGUAGUGAGAUAGUUGCGAUUUUAGUAAUUUUAAUACAGCUUCAAGCGUUGGCCCCGUCGAAUGAGCGAAAAUGAUCUUUGCGUAUGAGAAUGGAGGCGUUCGCAAAUCGCAAAUCUUCAGUUCCUAACUUGUCGACCAGUUUUUCGUCCUUAUGUCCUUGGAAGUAGCCUGCAAACAGUCACUAUAGUAGUCAGGAGGGACGACAGAGAAUGCGGGUAGAUUGAUGCAGUACUGUUUCGGGCUUAUUUUGCCUUUAUUCAGCCAAUCAUAACCCUGGCCAGCAGCCAGGUACGUCUGUGCGCAUGUUUGUGCAUCUGGUCCCCGCUGCUGUUGGUCAGGGUUAUGAUUGGCUGAAUGAAGGCACAGUAAGCCCGAAACAGUACUAUAUCAAUCUACCCGCAUUCUCUGUCGUCCCCAUCGCUGCUAUUAUGACUUGGCCGACUUCGGCCUGACACUUGGUCGCCUGUUCGUGAUCUUUGCCACCCAUACGGAGCUUGUUUGCUUCGAGAAGCCAAUAGAUCGGUAUGCGCCCAUUCCUGAUUGAGUCACUGCAGUGUAUGAUUCAAUAAAAUACCACCAUGUAGGCCCAGGAGUCAGGUCGGCAGGGCCGGGAGGACAGCCUUUGUUGGCUGAGAGAGAGAGAGAGAAAGAGAGCACAAGCGAUUGUCAUCGAGCGCUGAGAGGGCCGAGUGACUGGCAUGAACUACAGCCAGCAUGCCUGCACAAGGCACGCAAUCAGAAGCAGCGGUAAGACAGCCAAUUGACGCGGGCACGUGUUCUUGCAGCAGCGACGUGCCCGAACAGCCCGCAGCUCCAUGUGAGUCACCACGACGCACUCCUCAGAAAACGCUGGUCCUCGUCACUUGUGGCGGUCGUCAGCGGGCCUGCUAUUUAUCUUCUCCUGACCACCAGCAUCGCGACUCCUGUAUUCUCGAUGGGGGUGAUCUGCGCCUGCAUCUGGACACCCUUCGAAGUAGAGAGGCGGGCGCGUCUUUCGAGCGAACAGGACUGGAUUGAUGCAGCUCGAGGAGUCUUCGGAAGGGCUGAGGUAGUCGCCUUGAGAUCCGUAUCGUCGCCGGUCUGCUGUGCGCCCCUUUUCACUUUUACGAAUGUGGGCUGGCCGGAACGCGUUGGUUAUCUCCGAACAUCGCCACCAAAGUUGGUCGGAUAUGUUAAUCUCAUCUCGAACCAAACGAGGCGAUUCACCGUCACGGCAAACUAAAAACAAUUGUUUCUGUUCAUUCGGAGGCAACGAGCCAAUUUGAUCUUGCUGUCAUUCUGAAUUCUCAACCUUAUCGCUCGUGUGAAAAGACUAAGUGGCAACGGGCAACGCUUUGGUGGCCCUUCUUCUGUGGAUUUUUAUCUUGGACUCAGAUCGAAUGCUCCAGAUGCUGUCUCACAAUCGCUGCGAAGCUCUUGGAGAGGAGUAAUUCGUCAGAAUCCGCGAUGGCCCCGUAGUGGGAUGCGGCACGGACAUUGCUGUUUUCGUCCUCUUCGAGUAAGGAGUAGAUGGCUUUAAGAAACUCGACAUCACCAUAGCAAGAUGCUUCUGUGAUUCUGCCUCAUGUUGGACUGUAUUGUUGGAAUAAUAGGCACUUAUAUACGCGUCUGGCUAGACUGAAUAAGAUGUACUUAUUGUUUUUUAAUCGCUGAAGCCAGUGACUUGACAAUUUCUUUGGCUGGCCUACGGGCAACGCAGCUCUGCGCGCGACAUCCGUUACAGUCACUGCUGUUGUGCAGUCCAGGUGUUUUUCAUGAUUGUUUGCGUAUAUCAGGAAGGAAAUGGGUCUCCGUACUGACUCCCACAAUAGGCUGCGCUGUAGAUGUGGUUGACCAAAAUGGGAGUCGGAAUGGCGAGCGGCAUACGUUAUUUGGGCUACGCAUAGCCCGCGCCAGCUCACAUACAUACAUGGGCGGUUUGGUGGCACGCCCAGAUUUAAGCCUUCACACUGCGUCAGUCACUGUGCCCAGUAGGUAACACCGGCUGCUUGACCGAAUCGAACAGUCGACUGGUUAGUGGACGAAGGGAAGAGGGAGUGGGGCCGACCCUGAGGAAUGAAUCCUCACGGCACAUUAUCGCGUUCCUCACUAAUAAUAGAUCGCACGUGCUAAGGGCCGUGGCUUGGAGGUUCACCAACUGAUGGGAUAAUUUAGUUCGAUUCAGGACUGAAAGUCCUUCUUUACGUAGCUUCAAUGGCACUCUCAGUCAGGCAAGGUCCUAGCCGCCCUCUGGAAGGCCUGAUACGUUUUGUGGCCCCAGCUCGUGUGUGGCACGUGUAGAUGGACUGCUUAACCUUGUCAGCCACUCUGCCCGAACCUCCCCCCGUUCGUCCUGACAUUUUCAUGCCACCGGAACCAGGUGAGUUGGGGAGAGGGAGUGCGGUAGAUGCUGCUCAAGUAAGCCUUACCAGAACCUAAUUUGCGCGCAAAUCAACGUCCUGCACCUACUUUGUAGGACAUACUGUAGACAUUCAAAUAGUAUGGGUCAUGAAUAUGUUGCGUCUUUUCACUGAGCCUUUUCAAAUGUCAGUCUGUAAAGACUAUUUCGGUGUGCUCAUCUCCCCAUGUGCAAGCUUGUUCACUUUGACUGAUAUUUCCCCCCCCCCACCCUUUGGACCUGGAACACUCUGAUCAAAAAUAUAUUUGAAAGAAGUGAGGUCGGCCUACAGUGCGAUAGCCCAUUCGUUUGAAGUCUCGCACUUGUGUGCACUCUUGUCAUAGGCUUUAAAAUACAGGCGAAUCCAUCUUUCCUUUAAAACCCCUUCAUUGACCAUUUAUUGACGUUCCUCUUCCAUGAGGUGAAUUUUGACCGUCUGGGGGUGGAUGGAAUCGACGACUACUCAACUCGGUCUCAUCUGGCCUGGGUUAUCUAUUAAGGAUUAGGUGGAAUAUUACUGAAACGCGAUGUCAUAUGGAAAUAAAUCGUUUACUUGAUAACUCUUCUUGCCAAACUUUAAGUUUUAUGUCUCGGUCACGUAUUAGUUUCACCUUCGGAUAAAACUUGACGAUCCUGAUAAAACUACCAAAUAGAGUCAUCUGAUUUCAUGACCUGGGAUUUUCUAACAGUUCCUUGGAACUUUCUAUUGCACAGGACUCUGACGCCGACAUGGUAAGGAACGAGGUCAUUGCCAGAAUGCCUGGCCUUACGUCCUACAAUAACACUCUGAUCAGUGCUGAGGAAAGAGAACGGGCGGAGCGCGAUUUCGUUCGUCGUUUUGGUCAGCUAAGCAGUGACCAGCGUCCUAACCGGUAAGUCAUUUGAGAUAAAGCCAUGUGCAGAGGCGUGUUUUUUGCUAAAUACAAGCUUACUUUCAUGAUAAGAGUAACCAUGAAUUAUAAUUAUAAUUUCUAUUCCUGACUCUGCCGACACGCAGCAGUCCUGUCUUCUCCGACGCUUAAGCAGACAACUGUCUGUCCAUUUCUUCCUUAGUUAUUGGGAGCUGGAAAACCAACAUGGAAAGGUUGAACCACUUGCGGUCAUCGAUCUUUCACCAAAGCGCUUCGUCCGACUGUGCGUCCGACUUGGUGAUCAAGAAGUAGGCCUCCACUUCUCUCUAUGUCGUUGCAUCCCCCUACGUGCACUUUUUCCCCUGCAUCAUUCGCCUGUUUUUUUCAACUCUUUGCAUAGAAAUGGCACAAUUUCUGCCUUCGGAAGUCCACUCAGAAAGUGAAACAGGAAAUCUGCCAUCUAUUUGGCCUCGAUGAAAAAAACAGUAAGCACGCCCGUCUCUACUACUUGGACCAGGCCAUGGUUGGUGCUCUCGGACCGGAGGAGUUAAAGACACCCUCGCGCCUGCUUUACACCUACCAUCCCGAGGAUGGUGAUGUUUUGGAGAUCUUCUUUCCGCCCUCAGUCUCCUCCAAGCCCUCUAGCAAGCGCGUUACCGCCCACGCAGUCUCCGAAUCCUCAUCGGCGACCGCGACGACGACGCCUGCUACCCCCGGCGCAGCAACCCCCACUUAA